AUGCCCACAGAUGUUGCUAAAGCAACAAAGCGCCACAAAGAAAUGAAUAGAAGAGGCCGAGGCUUCACAGACUUUGGAGUUGAUCUCUCUGCAAGUGAUGGAGAUAGUUCACUGCCUUUACCUCUUAAAGGAAAGUUACAUGACCUGUUUGGCCAGAUUGAAAAAGAGUUUGAAUUACUGUAUUGUGAAAAUGUGAGAUUGCAUGAGGAGAUUGAGGUGCUGAAUGAAAGAUUGGGUAAUACAUCAGGGGACAAGGCAGAGGAGAAAGAUACAGUAGAUGGGGCCAAGUCACUCAUUAAGAAAUCUGGUAGCCAGAUAUCUCAGAAGAUCAAACUAACCUACAAAACAUCAACUAGUAAAAUAGUAUCAAGCUUCAAGACCGCACCUCCGGCCAGUCAUCUGACGAGGGAGUUCAGGGGUCACAGAGAUGGUGUCUGGGAGGUUGCCGUUUCCAAGACAAGUCAGCCCAUACUUGGAACUGCAUGCGCAGAUCAUACUGCAAGACUUUGGUGCAUAGAGUCCAGUUCAUGCUUAGGGAGCUAUAUAGGUCACAAAGGGUCUGUUAACUCAAUACGAUUCCACCCCACCCAAGACCUUGUACUGACAGCUUCUGGAGACCAGACUGCCCACAUAUGGCGGGCUCAAGUCAAUGUACCACCACAUGUAGAAAAUCUGAGAUCACAUUCAUCAGGGGAAGAUGACCUAGAUGGGUCUGAGAAAGAGGAAUGUGAAGCUGACAGAGAACAGCUACAUGAACCCAACAUUCUUAGGACCCCAUUACUAGAACUAACUGGACACCAGGGAGUUAUCAACGCAGCUGAUUGGAUGGCAGGGGGCAAUCAGGUGAUAACUGCAUCAUGGGACAGGGCAGCACACCUCUAUGAUGCUGACUCGGGGGAAAUAGUCAAUACUCUUACAGGUCAUGAUGAAGAGCUAACAAAUGUGUGUGCCCACCCUGUUCAGAAGCUGGUAGUAACGUCAUCAAAAGAUACAACUUUUCGACUAUGGGAUUUCCGUAACCCAUCAAUGCAAGUGAAUGUCUUCCAGGGCCACACUCAACAGGUAACAUCAGCUGUUUUUGCCGGGCCAGACAAAGUGGUUUCAGGUAGUGAUGAUAGGACAGUGAAAGUUUGGGAUCUGAAAAAUAUGCGUUCUCCUAUAGCCACCAUAAGGACAGAUUCAGCCAUAAAUAGGCUAUCUGUGUCCCCUAACCAGCACGUCAUAGCUAUUCCACAUGACAACCGCCAUAUAAGGAUAUUUGACAUUCAUGGAGUUAGAGUUGGGAGAAUGCCCAAAGGAGGAAGACAGGGUCACACAAGAAUGGUGUGUGCUACAACUUGGGCUGAGGAUCACACAACAUGUAACAUGUUUUCAUGUGGCUUUGACAGAAAAGUACUCGGUUGGAUGAUUCAUUUGAAUCCUAAGGAAUAAUGGGAAUAAAUAGAACGAUAACACUUGGGCAAUGACAUCAGAAAAAAUUGACAUGAAGUGAGUGUUCUCAAUUUUUCAAAAUAAAAUGAGUGGCGGAA